AUGAAUGCUACUGUGAAGUGUACAUUAUUAAUCAUCUUAGGUGUAGAAAUCAUUAUAGGGUGUUUAGGAAAUGGAUUCAUAGCUGUGGUGAACAUUAUGGACUGGGCCAAGAGAAGAAAGAUCUCCUUAGUGGAUCAGAUAUUCACUGCUCUGGCCAUCUCCAGACUUGCUUUUGUGUGGUCACUACUCACAGUUUUAUUCACAUCUGAGCUGUACUCAGCAUUAAUGACAACAAGAAAAGUGUUGAUAAUAUUUAAUAAUUCCUGGACAGUGAUCAAUCAUUUCAAUAUUUGGCUUGCUACAUGUCUCAGCAUCUUUUAUUUUCUCAUGAUAGCUAAUUUUUCAAAUUCUAUUUUUCUUUCCCUAAGGUGGAGGGUAAAAACUGUGGUUUCAGUAACACUAUUGAUGUCACUUCUCCUCUUGUUUGUAAACGUUUUAGUCAUAAACACAUUUAUUGUUAUCUCAGUUGAUGUAUAUAAAGUAAAUACGUCCUACAGUUCUCAUUCAGAUAACAAUAUACAUAUUUCUAGGAUUUUUUUAUUUACCAACACUAUAUUCACAUUCAUACCCUUCAGUGUGACGCUGACAAUUUUUCUCCUGCUCAUCUUCUCACUAUGGACUCAUCUGAAGAACAUGCAACACAAUGCCAAAGACUCCAGAGACCCCAGCACCACAGCCCAUAUUAAGGCCCUGCAAAUGAUGGUCACCUUUCUCUUAUUAUACACCAUUUUCUUUCUGGCACUUGUCAUGCAAUCUUCAAAAAUGAAGUUUCUUUCGAGCACUGUGUUCAAUUAUUUUUUUGAGGUUAUAUCACUUGCUUUUCCUUCGGGCCACUCUUGUGUCCUAAUUCUGGGAAAUUCUAAGCUCAGACAGACUUUUAUAUCCACAGUAUGGUGGCUGAAGUCCAGUUUUAAUGCUGCAGAACUCCCAGGUCCUUAG